GGGUCGGAGAAUUGGAGAAAUAGAUGUUACGAUUGCUUUAAUUAUUUUGAGCUAAAUAAUUUGACUUUUCCACAUAAAUUAAAAUUUAAAAAGUAUAUUUCAUUUUUGGUCAUAAAAGUAGCAGGAUAACAUUGACCUCAAUUUCAUACACGCACGAGAGUCGAUGCAAUAAACUAACAACCACGUUGAGAGACGGAGACUCCAAACAGAAAACUUGUCCCCUCACUGGACUUGCUGUCUUUACUACUAACUUGACUUGUGCUUCAACUGCUCCUUUGCUAACACAAAUGCUUGAUCAAAAGCAUAUGUAGCAAUACAUUUAUCACAUGCUUAUAUCUUCUAACUCAGUCUUUUUUACAGGUUCCCCCACUUACAAGUUAUAGCUACCUCAGCGCUGUUGAACUUUCAACUACACAAGAUUUUCAUUUUCAGGCACCCUUUGAUCACUUCCUAUAUUUAUAAUUAUACAGGGAUAAGCUUGAAAUGGACGGAAAGAAAAAUUACAAAGCUCAUGUCAUGGUGCUAGCAUAUCAUGGACAAGGUCACAUCAAUCCAAUGGUCCAAUUUUCCAAACGUCUUGCUUCAAAAGGAAUGAAAGUCACUGUAUGCACUAUGCUCUCCAAUACGAAGGCUAUGAAAUCAGCAUCUAGUUCAGUUAUAUUUGAGGCAAUAUAUGAUGAUGCCACUGAAGGUGGAGUUGGGGCACAAGGUGGUUUUAAGGCAUUCCUUGACAGGUUUGAAGCUAUUGGGUCACAAAAUUUAAUUGAACUCAUUAAGAAACAAGAAAAUUCAGAAUACCCUGUUAAGUGCCUUGUAUAUGAUGCUAAUAUACCAUGGGCUUCAGUUAUAGCCAAGGACUUUGCAAUACCUGGGGCAGCCUUUUUCACACAAUCAUGUGCUGCUGUUGCUAGCUACUACCCAAUGCAUUAUGAUAUUUUGGAGAAGCCCCUGCCUUUGCCUGCUUUUUCCAUGCCAGGAUUGCCACCACCGAAGCUUCCUUAUCUUCCGUCACUGGGUGCUGCUACAGGAAAGCAUUCCCCUAUAAUCCAGCAUAUCUGCAAGCAAUUCGACAAUAUUGAGAAUGCAGAAUGGGUUCUUUUUAACUCUUUCGAUAAGUUAGAAGAAGAGGUGGUGAAGUGGAUGUCAAAUUUGUGGACUGUGAGGAACAUAGGACCGACUGUGCCAUCUGUAUACCUGGACAACCGAGUGGAAAAUGACAAUGAUUAUGGUUUCAAUAUGUACAAGCCAAGCACCGAGGCUUGCAUGGAGUGGCUCAACACCAAAGAAACUGGCUCAGUUAUAUAUGUAUCAUUCGGAAGUGCAGCUAGUUUGAAUGCAGAUCAGAUGGUAGAAAUGGGAGAGGCCUUGAAGCAGUGCACAAACAGUUUCUUGUGGGUGGUAAAACCAACCGAGCAGAGCAAGCUCCCAGCUAACUACGUUGAAGAGACAUCAGAUAAAGGAUUGAUAGUCACAUGGUGCCCACAAUUGGAAGUUCUAGCACACAAGGCAGUAGGCUGUUUCGUGUCCCAUUGCGGAUGGAAUUCAACUGUAGAGGCCAUAAGUUUUGGGGUUCCAGUAGUGGGAAUGCCACAAUUUUUAGACCAGAUGACUAAUGCUUAUUUUCUGGAGCAAGUUUGGGGAGUGGGAAUUCAGCCAAAGGAGAAUGAACAAAAUAGAACAACUGCUAAAGAGAUCGAGAGAUGCAUCAAUGAGGCGAUGAAUGGAGAAAAGAUCAGAAAGAAAGCUAUUGAAUGGAAAAGGUUAGCUAAGGAAGCAAUAGAUGAAAAAGGAAGUUCAGACAUAUACAUUGAUGAAAUAAUUUCUCGAAUUGUGGCACUUUAAUCCUAGUCCUGAGUUACAAAUCUGUUCUCCAGCUGAGGAAUUUACUGCAGAGCUUUGCAGCUAUUGCUCUCUCAGGGUCUAAUUGAAUGGCAUGUUUUCAAUAAGAACUGUAUUGUUGUUUUGUGGUGAUACUUUUUGAUCCGUUUAUGUUACUUUACAAGAUGCAAUUUAUUUGCGUGUUCUAAUGUGAGUCUUGUCACUGUUCUUUC